CUUCCUUAUAGAAGAGAGAGAGAGAAACACAGAGAGAGAGGGGGUCGGCCGCUUUUUACUUCGUCUCUUCACAGACAGAAAGCACGCAUCUCAAGCAGCAGAGUGAAAAAUGCAAUAUAUAUAGUGAGUAAAUCGGUCUCUCUGUAACGGCUACUUUUGGUGAGAAGUGAGAAGUUUGUCUGUGAGAGAGAGCAAGAGACUUUGGUCAUUUGACGAGGAAGGACGGUUGGGUUGGUGGUUGCUUCAUAAAUGGAUUACAAUAAUAACAAUGAGCACUGGGAUUGGCAAAGGAAUCAUCAUAGUACCCCAAAGAACUCCAAUUAUGACAUGCCUGAAUACCUGUGGAACGGAGUGCCUCAGAAUGAAGAAGAUCUUUCGUACAUGCUUGAUGAUGAAACAACACCAGUUAAGGCUUGUGGGGAUUUGGCCUAUCAUGUUAACCAUAGAGUUUUAAUAUCAAAGAAGUGGAUUUCAGAUAAUAGGACCAAGGAACCAGAAGAACCAAGGGAGUCUUUUUCACAAGUAAAGAGGCGACGGAUGCUACAAUUUGACACUCAAGCUACUGAUCCUUCCCUCUCAUGUGACGAGUUGUCAUCUUCAUUCCUGAAAUCAAAUGAGAGGGCUGAUUCAAUUGAAGAGGCGUUAUCUGAAGCAUCACAAUGGGUAUCGGGGUUUUCAGAAAAUGCGUCUGCAUCUGGCUAUGAGUGCCUUGAGCAGUCACCUGAUGAGUGGAUUGCCGAAUGCUUCAAUGAUACCGAGAUGCAUUUCAGCCCUGAUGAUUUGAAUUUCUCUGGGGCUUCUGAUGUUCAAAUUGACAUUGCAAAGUUAUGUGACGUCCGACCUGAGCAUGAAGCAAAUGUGAUUCAACAGCGAGUCACCCGAACACCUCGAAAUGUUGUUUUUAAAGGUAGGAAGUCUUACAUUCGGACUCCCACUAAGUUAGCUACUUCUGUGGCAUAUCCAUUUGCCUUCAUUAAACCCUCUGGGGCUCAUGGAGAUGUAACUCUGAAGGACAUAAACCAGCGGAUCCGCACUCCACCGCCUUCAAAAUCAAAGCAAAAAUAUGAAGACCCUGCUGCUUACCCCACUUCGGCCUUUUCAGGGAAGCCUGUCGUUGGAAAAACUAAAAUUCGCACUGAAGGUGGGAAAGGCAGCAUCACAAUAAUGAGAACCAAAGGCUAAGAGUUAGUAGAUAAGUGUUACUUGAAACUUCCCAUUUUGCGGCCCUUCUGCUUUGCCCGCUAUUUUUCGGGAUGAAUUUUUCCUGUAAUAUUCUAGGGCAGUCAGGUACAGAAGUUAAUCUUUAUUUCUUCUUUUGGAGUUGUUUUCGGAAAUCAUAAAUCACAGUGAAGUGUUUAUGUGUCCGAGUUAAUAUUCUAGGUGUCAUAUAGUAGCAGUUCUAUACAUUGUAUGACUGAGAAUCUCAAAGUCUACUAGGUACUCUUGUAUUUUGGUUUCUCAAAAACCUUGGUAAUGCUUUCAGGAAUUCCAUGAUAUGCAAAA